UCUUUAAGGAGGAAAAUAUAAGUUUAUGGUAAAAACAAGCAAAAACCCCUCUCUCCCUUAAGAAAUCCCUUUCUCACCCCAUUGGCAGAUUUUGUUUGCUUGUUUUUACUAUGAACUUACUUAAUUCUUAUAUUAUUUUUUAUAAAACAAGACUAAAUAUCUUAGGUCACUUUUCUUGUCAAGUAAUUGUAUAUUGAUUUAAGAAGUUUUAGAGAUUUUACUAAAAACAAGACAAAAAUGCGUAGUAAGAAUGUUAUUUUUUGCAGUGCAUGUAAAGCCUCAUCAUUCAUUCCCAAAAGAAAAAUAGGUUUCUCUAUAGGUUUGAAAAAUGAAAUACAUUUACAUUUUGCACUCCUCUAGUAAAAGUCUAACAUUUGCCUUUACCUUAUUUACCUUAUCAAUACAUCAACUUUCAUGACAUAAACUUAUAGGUAAAAAGUGAAACAGGUUUAAUAUUAACUCUUAAAACAUCUUAACAUUCUUAGAGAGUUCAAGGCCUGCAUGAAUCAAAGUACAGAUGAGGUGUUUGAGUAACACUUCACCUGGAGCGACAACAACUACACUUUAAUGUAAUGUAUGACACAACAGUAAUGUAUGAAUGUUUAGUAGAAACCAGGACAAUUAACCACAAUCCUUUGCUCCAAAAAUGAUGACUGUUUUAGGGACCGCUUUAAGAAGAUGGAGAAAAUGGUUAAAUGUUUUUGUAUUUUGAUUUAUUUGCUUGUUUGUUUGUUAUUUUUACUAUUGUAUACUGUACUGUAUAGGCCUAUAUAUGCCUCAGUGUAAUUGUAGAUUUGUUGAUCUGGCAUGUCAUCUUUUUGGCAAUUGCACAUUUCCUAUAUAGAUAAUGGAUAUGGAUAAUCAAGUUUACUGCAACAAAUCUAGAUAUAAAAAAUGUUUCCUCAUUGAAGCUCUCAUUGACAGUAACAGGAAACUUUCUGUGUCUUCAACGAAACUAAACAUUAAGUACGUUAUGUGGUGGUAAGGAAACAUCUUGUUUAUUAAUGUCAGUAAAAUCCCCUUAUUGUUCCUCAAAAGAACACAGAAGACACUUUGUUCUAUGCUUCAUCAGUAGUGAGUCAUGUAUUAAGAGUAACAAAAUGAAUUAUAAAUGAAUUAUGUAGUGUAUAACAGCACAUACACCAUACCAAUUAUAAGAUUUUAUUCAUCAAUAAGGAAACGUUCUGGAUUCUUUUAUUAAAGCAUGUGUCACCAUCACCUUUUUUCCUCACAAAUAAUGAACUCUCACUUUGUCUUUUAAAUAAACUGUGUUGACAAACAAUUCACACUCAGUGGAGAAUUGGGUGUUUCUUCUUUGGAUGAGUUUAAUUUAUACUAGUUUAAUAUAGUUAAUCUCACAUUGUUAUCACGUCCUACUGUCCAUGCUGUAAACUCACUGCCUAAAAACUGCUUGUCACUCCUGCCAUCUAGUGGUUAUUAUUAAAACCACUUAUAAAAUAAUGUAAACAAAUGGCAAAAAGUCUAAGAUAAAAGUCAUAAUUAAAAUAGUUUAAUAUUCACUUCAUAUUCAGUAAGCAACAUUUACUUACAAAAUUUGUGCUCUCUUUUUUUGCCUUAGUAUGUCACAUAAUAAACAUAAAACUAAAAUCUCGAUACAAACACAUACAUUGUACUUAUUUGUACAAUUUGUUAUUCAUAAUGAAAGUAUAAAUCAGAUAAAGAUCAGCAGAUGACCGUUCUGGUUCAGUUACAUGACCUUACCCGAUUUAAUAGAUGAGGUCAAAAUAAAAGUCACUUUUUUAGCAUGCAAAUUAUAUUUAUUUUGUCAAUUCCAUAAUUUUGAUAGGUUUAAUACAUUUUUUUAUUUUAAAAUAUUGUAGGCUAUACAUAUGCAUAAAUGUCUAUUGUAUGAACAAACACAGUAUUGCCUUUUAAAACAGUAGCUAAUAAUUCUCUAAACUCAACGACAAAAGCCAAACACACAAUGCUGGCUUUUAUUUACAGUGUAACUCUUCUGCCAACGUUUGGACUCGCUGUUUUAACUGAUUUAGGAUUUAUCUGAUGUUCAUCAUGACUUGCAACUUUGACCAUUAUGAUCUGCUCUCUCAACACUGAGUGAGCGCGUCCCCUUUAAGAGCGUGCACGGAAGACGCGCAUGCGCUGACCGCGGCGGGUAAAAUGAAAGCCGUUAACGACUGGUCUACAGUCCUUAGCAACCGAUUAGCUUCUAAACACCGGAAUAAACGGACGAACAAAGAUGCAGACUGGUGUUUAACAAUUAUUUUGUCUUAGUUGACGGACGUUUUACCCUGGAAAUGCUAACUUGACAGACUUUAAGUUUAGCUAGCUUGUCUUCUUGCAUGUAAACAAACAACAGACUCUGAAUGACCUUUAGUAAUAAUCCUAAUUUUCAACAGUUUUCUUUAUAAAUUAACGUGAAGUUUCCAUUGACCUUUACGGAAACUUUCUAAAGCUUUCGUAUUCCUAGCUUUUUUGUAUUUAGAGAGAGGUCUCAUCAUCUGACAAUGAGCUCUGUCCUGGAUGAUCCGACCCUUGAGAGACAUUUUAAGGGUCACAGAGAUGUCAUCACAAGUGUGGAUUUGAACUCGAAUAUGAAACAAAUAGCCACUGGCUCUUUGGACUCAUGUAUCAUGAUCUGGAACAUGAAGCCUCAGAUGAGGGCGUAUAGGUUUGUGGGACAUAAAGAUGCUGUGAUGUCCGUUCAGUUCUCACCCUCUGGUCAUCUGGUGGCUUCUGCAUCCAGAGACAAAACGGUCCGGCUCUGGGUUCCCAGUGUGAAAGGGGAAUCCACAGUAUUCCGAGCCCAUACUGGAACGGUACGAAGUGUAAACUUUUCAAAUGACGGCCAGACCCUUGUCACCUCAUCUGAUGACAAAACCAUCAAAGUCUGGACUGUUCAUCGGCAGAAGUUUCUCUUCUCCCUUAACCAGCACAUCAACUGGAUUCGCUGUGCCAAGUUCUCACCUGAUGGCCGGCUGAUCGUUUCUGCCAGUGAUGAUAAAACAGUGAAACUGUGGGAUAAGAACAGCAGAGAAUGCAUCCAUUCAUUCUGUGAGCACGGCGGAUAUGUGAACUAUGCUGACUUUCACCCGAGCGGCACCUGCAUCGCGGCCGCGGGCACAGACAACACGGUGAAAGUCUGGGACAUUCGCACCCACAAACUCCUGCAGCACUAUCAAGUUCACAGUGGCGUGGUGAAUGGACUGUCCUUCCAUCCGUCUGGAAAUUACCUCAUCACAGCCUCCAACGACUCCACGCUCAAGAUUCUGGACCUGCUGGAGGGCCGACUGCUUUACACGUUACACGGUCAUCAGGGUUCUGCCACCUGUGUUGCUUUCUCAAGGACAGGAGACUACUUUGCCUCUGGUGGUUCAGAUGAGCAGGUGAUGGUGUGGAGGACUAACUUUGACAGUGUGGAUUACAGUGAAGUGCUGGAGCAGAAAUGCACUCGUUCAGAGCCUCUCAGUCGUGACCCCAAAACUUCAGUUGACAACUCCAGAACCCAAACAACACGGGUAAAGGUAGACACGGUGUCCGAUGGUAUUGGGAGAUUUCAUGACUUUGACUUGCACGAGAGUGGCAGCAGAAGCCUCGAUCAACCCACCCAGAUCUUCUCUGAACCUCGUAUGGAGUCUCCAUCAUAUACCCAACAACAUCAGCAGCAGCUGAAGCAGACUGAAACGGACAGCGUCCCUGCGGUGCUGGCUAACACCCUCCAGCACAUCGUAGGACAACUGGAUGUGCUCACACAGACGGUGGCCAUUUUGGAGCAGCGUCUGACACUCACAGAAGAUAAACUAAAGGAGUGUAUCGAGAACCAACACAAGAUCAGUGCUCAACAGCGGUCCAACUCUGACAACUGAUCCAGCAGUCUACCUCUCACCUUUCCAUCUUCAAACCCAAGUCUACGAUUCAACAGUAUCCCAAAUCAACCAUUCGUUGUGUUACAGAUCGUCUUCGGUGUGUUGACACCAGUAAAUAAAACAAACAAUAGUUUAUUAUUAUUAUGUGGCGGCAGAUGGUUUUUUUUCUACGAGAUGCAGAUUUUUGCAUUGUGUAGCAGUGUUUAUCUGGAGAAUUGUGCUGAGGGUGGAUUGGUUUCUGCUGAGUACGGUCGUCCUGCUGGUGUAGAAAGCAGAGGAAGGCAUCUACUUUACUGUAAUACAAUCCAUCCUAAAAACCACACACUGGAGUUUAGUCCUGUGUUCUGAUAAGAGAAACAUCUCAAUGCUAACCUUUCUGUUCCUCGUGAUAACUAAGCUGUGUGCAGUUUUCUUAUAUUGAACUAAAUGAACUUUGAUUGGGAUCUGUUUUGAUGUUGUGUCGUUGAGUCUGUGACACUUUCUUUAUGUAGCUGCAGUGAAUGCUUUUUUUGUUUGUUUAGUUUAGCUUUCAUGAGCUGUAGGAGUUAUCACACUGCAUAGUUAAGGCACAGAUUUGUAUAUAUUUUUUUUUUCAAAGAAAAAGACAAUUUUAAUAAAAUGUGUAUUUA